GAAGAGGAGGGCAAAGAAAACGAGAAAAAGGACUCAAUUGAGGAAAUUAAAAGUUGGAGGGGUGAAGUUCAUCAAAAUGAAUUUACAAACCCAAACCCAAAACCCAUCAAACCCAAGCCCAAAAUCCCAAUACCCAUUUAACUCAAACCCAAACCCAAAAACCAUCAAAGACCAACCCUAGCCUUCUCUCUCUUCCAAAACCGGCAACAUGCCAAGAAGAAGGAAGAGGGCUGCAGAGCAGAAAAACAGAAAAGGGGAAAGAUCUCCUGCCCUGCGCGCCUGCACCGAGCCCGCGCCCAGAUCCCCUUUGCUCUGCGCCGUUGACCUUGCUUGCUGCACCGAGCACGCGACCCUGCAUCAGCCUGCGUCCCUGCACAGGCCCUGCACCAGCCCUGCACUUUCCUCUUUGCGCCCCUGCGCCUCAAAACCCCUCUGCCCUGCGCGCCUGCAGCAACCUCGCGCCCUGCAUCGGCCUUGCGUCACGUCCCCUGUUGGCUGCAAUCCCCUGCACCAGCCCGGCCCGUGCCUGCUCAAGAAACAAACAAAAAGGGGUAGGAUUGGAAUGCUAAAAAAAAGGGAUCUCUGCCAUUUUGCUUGGGUAUAAAUAGAGGGUAUUAGGUUAGCAGAGGGGGGUCUUUUUGUUUGGUGGUUCUGGUGGUGGAUCUCUUGGUCUGAGUUUGGGGUGUUGCUUGAGAACAGCGGGAGG